AUGAGGCGCCCUGUGACCAUCCUGGAUGUUUCCGAGCCGAGACAACAGAAGACCCCAGAGAUUGGAAAACGAAUAACUAUCAUUGUUGUCAGGUGCGAAGCCCACCUUUUGACCACAAAAAGGAAAAGCACGAAGGGCGGGGCCCCAGACGGCCCAUUCCGGGCACCCCCCAAACUCCUCGUCCUCCCAUCCUCCAGUUGGCAGCCACAGUGUACCGGCAGUUCUGAGGGGCCGCCCCUUUGGGCCUUCCAAGGACCCACCCAGCGAGGACUCUGUAAAGCGCAGAAGGCGGCGCUGCAGAAAACAAAAAUGUGGACUCUCCAGGAGGCGCAGUUACAAAACGCUAGUCCCAACCAGGUUCCUCCAGUUCCCGAGAGACCGUCAGCCCCGGCCCCGCAGCCACUGCGCCCUCCUGUCCCCAUAGUCUUCUGGCUCCAGCAGGACCACAUGUCCUCCUCACCUGAUGGCCUGAAGACAAAAGAAAGCCGAACUUCGGACCCACGCGGCUCCACACACAGUGCGAGCACUGUCUCUACCUUCCAACCCAACGAUAGCAGUGUGAAAUGGCAUAAUGAAUGCCAAGACAGAGCAUUUCCAGAGAGAGAUAUGGAGAACAAGCAGGAUGGAAACUCAGGGGGCUGGUUCAGGGUCACAAUUCCUUAUGGAAUAAAGUAUAACAAGACAUGGAUAAUAAAUUCAAUACAAAGCCAUUGUAGUGUCCCCUUCACCGUGGUUGAUUUCCAUUACUUAAAAGACGGGGCCCAGUUCUUUAUCCAGGAUGCUUGUGCUGCCUCUGCAUUGAAGGAUAUCAACUGCAAGAUUUCUGAUGAGGAAAAUCAAAAGCUAUCUAUACAUGUCAGUCCCUCUGCUGUACCCUACUCUGUACAGAAUAAAUUGGAUCCAGAAGAAAUGGAGCAGCUAAAGCUGACCAUGAGCAAACGCUAUGAUAUCUCCCAAAGAGCUCUUGACCUCCAUAAACUCCGCUUUGACCCAGAGUUGAUGGACCAUGAUAUGGAUAUAAUCCUGAAUCGAAGAAACUGCAUGGCUGCCACCCUGCAGAUCAUCAAAGAGAAUUUCCCUGAGCUCUUGGCCUUGAACUUAUGCAAGAACAAACUGUACCAGCUGGAUGGCUUGUCUGACAUUGUGGAGAUGUCCCCUACAAUCAAGAGUCUGAACCUCUCAAAAAAUGCGGUGCAGUCAGUCUUGGAGUUAUGCAAGAUAAAAGGGCUGAAGCUUGAAGAGCUGUGGCUGAAAGGGAACCCUCUGUGCAACACUUUCCCAAACCAGUACACCUAUGUAAGUGCUAUCAGGGAUUGUUUCCCCACAUUGUUACACCUGGAUGGCCAGGUGUUACCAGCAAGAACUGUAAUUUGCACUGAAGCCCCCCAAAUAAUAAAACAUUGUAAGGAAAGCUAUAAAGGAUCCGAGAUUCUUAAGAAUCUAAUCCUUCAAUUCCUGCUUCAGUAUUACUUGAUCUUUGACUCUGGAGACCGACAGGGUCUCCUCAAUGCUUACCAUGAUGAGGCCUGUUUCUCCCUGACCACUCCCUUCAACCCUGAAGAUGCAGCCUUAAAUGGCUUAGAAGAAUACUUCAAGGAUAGCAGGGAUAUUAAGAAGGUCAAGGACCCUGUCCUGCGAGUUCUACUGCUAAAGCAUACAAAAUAUGACAUUGUUGACUCCCUCAAUAUGUUGCCCAAAACUCAGCAUGACCUUAACUCCUUUGUGGUUGACCUGAGCGUCCAGACGGAAACAAUGCUCGUUUUUUCUGUCAAUGGGGUUUUUAAGGAUGUAGAAGGAAAUUCUCAAGGUUCUGUCAUUUUCACUCGGACCUUCAUCUUGACUUCUGAUAGCAAUUCCAGUCUGCGCAUCAUGAAUGAUGAACUCAUUGUGGGAAAUGCCAGGACCAAAGAAACACAAAGCACCUUCUCCACUCCAGUGCCCAUGCCCUCCACAAGCUCCAUGCCUACCUUCUCCCAGAAGCAGCAGGAAAUGGUGCAGGCUUUCUCUGCUCAGUCUGGAACAAACCUCCAGUGGUCUCAGAAGUACCUUGAGGACAACGAGUGGGACUACACCAAAGCUGGUCAGGUCUUCACAAAGCUCAAGAAGGAAAGCAAGAUCCCAGAGGAGGCCUUCAAACAAAUCACCUAA